CCCUGCGUCCUCGCCCCCUCUGCACGGCUCCUGAGCCUCGGUGCUGUGGCGGCCCCCGUCCCGGAGUGCGCGGGCGAGCGGCCGGCAGCGCCUCCCGUACCUGUUGGCACCGGCACCCCGCACCCACCUGGGCGGGCUGGGGACCCCCGGAGCCACCUUGCCUCCUUCCGCUUGCCGGGGAAGGGCUGCGGCUUCCUCGAGUGUCCCGGGACGCUGCGGGCAGGACGCUGAGCCCCGGGUGCGGGUGGCCACUAGGUUGUGCGCCCCCGCCCGCGGGCAGUGGGAAGGGAAGGGAAAGGGACCCGGGAAGCCGCGCCGCAGCCCAGGGAGAAGAUGCCGUUCCACCACGUGACUGCGGGCCUGCUGUACAAGGGGAAUUACCUCAACCGCUCUCUCUCGGCUGGCAGUGACAGCGAGCAGCUGGCCAACAUCUCCGUGGAGGAGCUCGAUGAAAUCCGAGAGGCCUUUCGAGUUCUGGACCGGGAUGGGAAUGGCUUCAUCUCCAAGCAGGAGCUGGGCAUGGCCAUGCGCUCCCUGGGGUACAUGCCGAGUGAGGUGGAACUGGCCAUCAUCAUGCAGCGCCUGGACAUGGACGGGGAUGGCCAGGUGGACUUUGAUGAAUUCAUGACAAUUCUUGGGCCCAAGCUGGUGUCUUCAGAAGGUCGUGAUGGUUUUCUUGGGAACACAAUAGACAGCAUAUUCUGGCAGUUCGACAUGCAGAGGAUAACUCUGGAAGAGCUGAAGCACAUUCUCUACCACGCCUUCCGGGAUCACUUAACAAUGAAGGACAUUGAGAACAUCAUCAUCAACGAGGAGGAGAGCCUGAAUGAGACCUCGGGGAACUGCCAAACGGAGUUCGAAGGAGUGCAUUCCCAGAAGCAGAACAGACAGACCUGUGUCCGCAAGAGCCUCAUAUGCGCCUUCGCCAUGGCCUUCAUCAUAAGCGUGAUGCUGAUCGCAGCCAAUCAGAUCCUGCGGAGUGGCAUGGAGUAGCCGCCGCCUCCCGCCGGCCGCGCUGUUGCCAGCUCACCGCGCAUGUGCAUGGCCCGCGGGCGACUGUCCCUCCUCGCAGCAGAUCUGGACUAGGGACAGAUGCAGACCUGCUACAGUUCAGCAAAGAACCCAAAGUUGCAGUGCAGCCGGGAUUGCGCGAUUCAACUUCAUCUCCUUGGCAGGGACACCAAAGGGCUGUCUUCAACGCUUUAAUGGUUUUGUUUCCUAAUGCAAUAAAUAGCCAGGAGUUCUGAAUUUUUGCUUCAUCUGCCAGUAGUAACUUUGAAGAACUUCAUUUUCAUCUCAGAAUUCCAGUGGCCAUCCAGGGAUAACGGUGGAAUCAGCGAGCGUGCAGAAGAGAGGUGUGAACGACAUUCACCUCCAUCCACGCGCCAUUCUUCAACCCAGGGGUCCACAGAGACUCCUCGCUGAGGUCGACCCUCAGAUCCUAGAGGCUGGCUUCCGGGUUGCGACAGAAGAGAGGACUGUCCAUCUCACCCUGGCUUCCUUCCUCCACCCACUGGAGGACCCUCUUCCCCCAGGCAUGAGGGGAAAGCCAUUAAGCGGGGUGCAGCCCCUGGCUGUCUGCAGCUGCACCCCAUCGCUUCCGUUCUUACUGCCUUUUCUACAGGAUUCUUGUUGGUAGAGUCGGGGCGCUCUCGGUUGGUUCCUGUGGCACUUGGCUUUUUGUUCCUGGAGCCCAUCCCGCACCAGCAUUUUGGGAAUCUGCAAAGAGCCUCCCUCUCCGCUUUGCCCCCUGUGCUGCCAUUCGAGACAAAAGAACCUUGGGCAUCUUAUAACAGAGGCACAUAGACAAAGAGACCUGGCUUCUCCACGUGUGACAUUUUCUUUAACCGCUCCCUCUGGAUAAAAGCUUGUCCUUCCUCCCACGUUCAUCCCUGCUUCUUCGGGGCAGAGGAUGAGGCAGACUGGGAGAGGGGAGAGGACUGAGACUUGAGGUGAGGAGGUGUUGGCAGCCCACACCCCAGGCAUCCAGAGUCCGGGAGCCCCCCAGCAAUCCAUGCUAGACCUCUGUAAGUUAAGGUUCAUGUGCAUCCCACCCUUCUCUCCUCCUAUAGAUCGCUUUGUGAGUUAGUCUUCCCCAGCUCAAAAAAGAAACACACUCCCAAGCAGAAAGAUGGAAAGAUCAAACUACUCUCUUUUAUAUAUCCUCUGGCAUUCAGAUUCUGCAACUGACUCAUAAGAAAAAGAAGAAAAAAAAGAUGUUAAUGAGUUUAGCCAACCUGAUGGGUCAUUUACCUGCAGAACGCUUCUGUUGGGGGAGGGAACUCAAUCCAGUGGUCUGUUUUCAAACCAUACCAAGUCUCUCAUUUCCUGACUUUUCCUAGAUACCUUAUCAGCCACCUCUAUUAAUUCCAGCUAGCAUAGUCAGAUUAGCCAGUAAUCUCUAGAUGUGCUAUUCCCCUUUGUACUUUUCUGAGCUCAGGUCUUUAUUUCUGUAAUGGAAUGAUCUUGCUCCCAUUUCUUUCGAUUGUAUCCUGAAGCUACAGGAUUCCUUAACCUUUCCAUUCUGUCAGCGUUGAGGCGACAGAAUCUUUCCUCUCUCAAUGCAAUGGGUAGGUUUUAUGGUGCAGUGUGUGAUUCCCACCCUGUCCUCAAAUCCUCCUUCCCUCUGUGCUUCUCCCUUCCUGCUUUCUUAGAUGCAGAGCACUGAGGUCUGCACUUAGGGUCUUCUUCCAAUUCACCUCUCCAAGCCAUCCCCACAGCUCAGCGUGGGGGCAGCUGUAGAAACUUUCCCAGCAUGGGAAAGUGCAAAUAUUCACGAUGAGCACAAGUUAAACUAGGGUUUGAGCCAUAGUGUGGAAAGGGAGCAGAUCUAAGUUCCCAAGAGUCCAGGGGGCAGAGAAUUUCUCUAAAAGCCACCUGAAGUCUAGGGUAUCCAGGCCAGGCCAAGGAAGGCAGCAGCUUGCCUUUGCCCUUUACCUGCCCUGCCCUGCACACCUGCCCUUUCUGUCUUUCCUUCGGCCACAUCUCCAUAGUGCCCUUAGGAUCAGAAUCUUAACCUAGAACAGAUGCUAAAUACUCACCUAUUAGAUGACUUCCUCUGUAGUUUCUUCCCAGGGCAGUUUGUCCCCUCCCUGCUGGAUGUAGGGGAGGACACAGCACAUCCUGCAGGAAAAUGCUUCCCUACCUAUUGCUGACCCUUGACCCUCUAAACCACAUGCUCCUGGGGACAAGGGGGGGAGAUCCUGAGUAGACUGUAUAGACGCCCAGGGACAAGUCCUACAGGGCCCCUCGCCCCGACAGGGACUGAGACUGCCUAUCAGGGCAGAAAAUAAGUAUUUCAAAGCCUUCUUUUUGCAAGUCCCUCUGCCUCCCACUGGAGUUGUUGACCCCCAAGGGUACUGCCAGAGUGUGAGUAGAUUUCUUCAGCAGUGAGAUGAGCCGCUGUGCAGGGGUGGGGAUUAAGAGAAGAAUUCUGGAAGGGCACCAACAGCCUGUUCCCUACCAAGACAUGAGCAUCCUUUCCCUUAAAAGGAUCCCUUCCUAUCUCCCAGUGACCCGGAAAAUCAGGCGGGGAGCAGAUCCAUGAGAACACAUCCCAUCGCGGGGGAUGUUUCUAGGGAGACAGAGCACGGUGGAAGCCGUGGCGUUCUCUCUGGUGGCCUAGAAGUUAGCCUCCCACCGUGGUAACCUCACAUGAGGCACCCAGGGGCUGAAACAAACAGCGCGAGGAGACAGCCUAAGCUGUAGACGGUCCAGAUUUUCAGGGCUGAGUUUGCCACUGCGACUCAUACCCUAGCUGCUGUGCCUGCUUCCAAGAUGUAGCUGUCCUAGACGUAGCUAGGGAGUCAGGCAGCCCCAGCUCCAGCCCUGUUCACACAAAUGCCAUGCUUGGUCUCCCCACAAAUCAGCAUCCUUGUCACAGUGAAUAUGAGGUUCAGAGAUCAAGGUUGCGGAAGAUCCUGGUCCCGCAUGCCCAAGGAAGACCACAAGGCUACAGCUGGAGGUGACCUCCGCUGGAAGUGGGAGAGACCCAGCCUUCACUGUCCUGCCAGUGACCAGACUUUGGAGUCAGUCACUAGGGCUGGCAGCCAGCAGGUGCUGAGGGAUUGGCACAGCAAGCUGGGCUCAUUUUUCUUGCAAAAGCAGGUGUUCCCCUCCCCCUUCCCGCAGACCACACCAGUGAUGAUCAGGAAGAUGUUGUAUUUGGGAGAAAAAGAGAAACAUACCCUGGUUCUCUUAAACCCUAAAAAAAAAGUCUGUCUCCUGCCAGUCCAGAUGCAGACAGAGCCCCCAUGCAAGACCCAGCAUCAAAAGUAUUAGCAGUGGCUUCCAGAAUGUGUGUGAGUCCCAUGUGACCCAUCUGUAAGAAGAAGGAGGAAAAAAGAUAUCACCAUGGCAACCAUUGCAUUCCACCCCGAGUUUGCCAAGGCACACAAAAAUAGGGAACAUUUUCCUAAAGAACACUUGGGUUCUGCCUGAUUACAGCCUGACUUCCUGCAUCCAUACCCUGCCGGGAGGGGAAAUCAUCCUCCAAGAUUCUGGGUGGCUUCUCUGGCCUUUCCUCUUGUGUUAGAACUUGUCCUUUCAUUUCCCCAGGAGAAAAAGUUACCUGUAAGCCUGGUAGCAGUCUCCCUCUCCUGGCCCUCCACCUCACCUCCCAGAGCAAGAAUCCCCAAAUCUAAGCAAAAAGGCCAGAAAAAAAAAAAAGUCAUCUGUAAGGCAAAAAAUAUUUUAAGC